CAAUGUGAGAAUUAUCAUUUGAGUUCAUCAUCCUUGUAUUUAUCUGGUUUAUUAAAAUCUAUGGAUAUGGAAAUGUCAGUAGGCCAGUACCAAGUGUCAAAAUGAUCAGUCGAAAAAGCGACAAGAUGACUAGGAGCUUCCGCUAUGUAUGACGAGACAUGGCGACGUGUGGCUCGAAUUGUUUUCGGUCUUUCCUGUAGUAAAUAAUCAGGGUUUAUACUCAUCAAAAACAUAUUGUAAAUAUCUUCGAUUAAGCAUUAGGCUAAGCAGGAAUAAAGUUUCAGCACAAUAGUCUCAAGCGGCAAAAUGAAUUACAAUCAUUCUGGUGCACGAAGAGGACUAUAGGAUAGGAUGAAUUCUGACGUUGGAUAGCGAAUUACUUACAGGAAAGCCAAAAAGGAUAUUGGAUCCGUCAGCUGGUCUUUCUGCGCCAGCUUCAUCGUCACCACAAAGUCCAUAUGUGUAUAAUCAACAAGUUGGAUCGAUGCCUAUGAAUAGUGGCCCACCACCAGAAUAUGGUUUUAAUAUGCCUGAGCAAACCCCACCAUCGUAUGGCUUUAGCACAGCACCUAUGCCUGGAUAUAAUCCCAAUGAUACUCGUACAGAAGGAUUUACUACACCACAGUUUGCCACGCAGCUAUUAGCAGAACCAAUGGUCACAAAUAUGGCAGUGCAGUACGGCAAUGCUCUAGUUGGUUCGGGGAAGCAGCAGUUGGAAAAGUAUGUGCCUGUAACAGCAUUGAAAUAUUACUUUGCUGUUGACACGGAUUAUGUCAUCGCGAAAUUAUCUCUUCUGUUCUUUCCAUUCACACAAAGAGACUGGUCAGUGAAAUAUGAGCAGGAUGGUCCAUUGCAACCACGCUACGAAAGGAAUGCUCCUGAUUUAUACAUUCCAACAAUGGCAUUCUUGACAUACGUUGUAAUAGCUGGUUUAGCUCUUGGAACACAGGAACGUUUCACUCCGGAGCAGCUAGGUAUCUUGGCUAGUUCUGCACUGGCUUGGGGUAUCAUAGAAUUAAUUGUUCAUACUAUAACGCUUUACGUGAUGAAUUUAGACACAAGUCUGCGGACCCUCGAUCUGUUAGCUUACUGUGGUUACAAGUACGUAGGUGUGAACAUUGCAGUGUUCUUAUCACUAAUAUUUCAACAGUUGGGCUACUACGUUGUCUUAUUGUACUUCAGCAUAUCCCUAGCAUUCUUUCUAAUACGGUCACUAAAAUUGAGAGUCAUUCCAGAAGGUCAUAGUUCGUAUACAGCUUCUGGAAACAAGAGAAGGCUCUACUUUAUUCUUUUCAUUGCUAGCAUUCAACCAUUAUUAAUGUGGUGGCUAUCUUUCCAUUUGAUUCCCUCCAAAGCUACUUAGGAUACCAAAGGCGUGCUUAAAAGGAAGAUCAAAGCCUGCGUGUAUUUAUGUGACAAUGAAUAUCUCCCAUGCAUUUUUAUAAUAAAAAAAAAAAAAGAAAUUCCCCAUAAGCCUACACGUACGCAAUUUUUCUAUAAAAGUUAUGCUCCUGCGUUAAAUUAAUUUACUACUAGAGUUUGUUUAUUGCUAAGAAGUACCAUAACUGCUGGUUACAUUCUAAGGAGUAUACAAACAUCUGUAUGUAAUAUGAAUAAGUAUCAAUAGAAAAUAAUGAAAAUCA